AUGGUGUGCUUUGAGAAGAAACAAAAGGAGGACGAGCGGCAGCUGCGGGUGGCGAGGACCGACGUUCCCAAUGAUGUUGCGACGACAACUGCGCCGCACUCGGGCGGUAAUGCCGCAACUGUCGACACGCUGGGACUACAAGCAGGGCAAAGUACGCUGAGACGGUCGUAUCAGGUGGAAAUAAAUGUACCAGCUCGACGAGAGAUGGCAAUUUGUCAUGCACUCGUCGCAGACGAUCGUCUUGAGACGGCACGAAAUGGAAUUUGUCAUGGCAAAUAGGCAUAUAUACCUGCAUAACAAAUUGACAUUGCAGGUGGUCAUAAUAAUUUCACCGAGCAUAAACAGCCGGAAGCCCCCACGACCAGCUCCAGUUCUAGUUCGUCCAGCAGCCGACCCCCCGCAUCUGGUCAAGGCCAGCUGGCUGAAACAAGUCUCGUCCCGGCGGCGAUGACAGCUACGUC